UGUGAAAACUGCUAUUGAUCACAAAGCGUGUGGAAUGGAGCCCCCAACUUUCCUGCUGUCGAGUCUUGCUGUGCUCUUCGUCGGAGGAGACAUUUUCACCAGGGCCAUGCUGAGUGACAUUGGGGACUAUGUAGGUACAGACAUUGAAAUAUCCUGGUUACCUAAUCUGGAUGAUUUAAUGAAGGGCUAUGCCAGAAAUUUUCGCCCUGGGAUAGGAGGUCCCCCAGUGAACGUGGCCAUGGCGAUCGAAGUGGCCAGCAUUGACCACAUCUCUGAAGCCAACAUGGAAUACACCAUGACUGUGUUCCUGCGGCAGAGCUGGCACGAUGACCGGCUGUCCUACAAUCACACCAACAAGACGCUGGGGUUGGACAGUCGCUUCGUGGACAAGCUGUGGCUUCCCGACACCUUCAUCGUCAACGCCAAGUCAGCUUGGUUCCACGACGUGACUGUGGAGAACAAGCUGAUCCGUCUGCAGCCCAACGGAGUCAUUCUAUACAGCAGCCGAAUCACUUCGACAGUGGCGUGUGACAUGGAUCUGACCAAGUAUCCCAUGGAUGAACAGGAGUGUAUGCUGGACCUGGAAAGCUACGGUUACUCCUCAGAGGACAUUGUGUAUCACUGGUCGGAGAGUCAGAGACACAUCCAUGGCCUGGACAAACUGGAGCUCUCCCAGUUCACCAUCACAGACUAUCGCUUUGUCACUGAGAUGAUGAACUUCAAAUCUGCGGGACGAUUUCCAAGGCUCAGCCUUCGCUUCGAGCUGAGACGUAAUCGAGGCGUCUACAUCAUUCAGUCAUAUAUGCCUUCCAUAUUACUGGUCGCCAUGUCUUGGGUGUCCUUUUGGAUCAGCCAAUCCGCAGUUCCUGCUCGUGUCUCCUUAGGGAUCACCACUGUCCUCACCAUGACCACGCUGAUGGUGAGCGCCCGCUCCUCCCUGCCGCGAGCGUCAGCCAUCAAGGCCUUGGACGUCUACUUCUGGAUCUGCUACGUGUUUGUGUUCGCGGCGCUCAUCGAGUACGCCUUCGCACACUACAAUGCUGACUACAGACUCAAAGAGAAGGCCAAGGUGAAAGCCAACAAGUUCAGCUCCGAGUCCAUCGUAAAGAAUGGCAAACAGGCUAUGGUCCUCUUCUCCCUGUCGGUCACUGGUAUGAACCAAGGUGUGGUGAUUUCCAGCCGCCAGGGACGCACUCAGCGCUCCAGCAGUGAAAUCCCCGGGGAGGGCGGCACAGAGGAGGUGGAGCCCAGGAGGAGAAGGUCCAAGCAGCCGGAGGAGAGGGAGGAGGGGAAAAAGUGCUGUUCCAAGUGCGUCUGCAAGCCCAUCGACGCCGACACCAUCGACAUCUAUGCCAGGGCCGUGUUCCCUUUCACUUUCGCCGUGGUGAACGUGAUCUACUGGGUGGCAUACACUAUGUGAGGAGUAGGCAGCAGAUCCAUGCCAGUGGCUGCCGUCCAGGACUGUAUAUAAGAGACUGCUGGAGCUGUUCCAUGCUGGCAGACUGGUGCAGCUGAAAUUUACUGCAGGCCUCGGUGGGAAAAAAAAAAAAAAAAGAUUCAGAGGAAAUAAAGUGUUGCGAUCUGUGAAUGUGGAAGUAUGAUAAUUAAUGGAAAGAGUGAUGAGUUUAACGGGAUUUUAAAUCUUUCAAAUACAAGUUAGAGAAAAGUCAUUCACGGGUGCAAAAGGGCCGCGUUGACGAUUCAUGUCCUCUCGCUACAUGGACCGAGUCAACACACGGGACACGAUAACAGGUCAUCUCGCUUCAUGAGCUGCAGUACUGACUGACAAGCUCACAUCUUUAAAACACAAACAUAAGUUAGCUUAGAUACGUCGCAGUCACACGCUGGAGUGAACCGUCUGUUAUCUCCAAAGGCAAAAGCGCCGCCCAAACCGGAGGAUAACAUGGUGAGGUGUACAACUAUUCUGCAUGGCUGAUAACUCACUCACUCACCCUCUCCCUCAGGCAUCACCACCCUCCCCUUUGCCUUGUUCUCCUCUCGUCCUCCACCCUUUUUUUUUUUUAAAGUCAUCUUUUGUUUAAGACACCGUCUGGAGUGUCUUAUCUCCUUCUGCCAGUUCUGCCUGUUUCCUCACCAUUAAAGGACUUCCUCCACUA